AUGUCGUGGCCUGUCGGUCCUUCGGUUGAUGAGUUUUGUCGUGAUACUGGUGAUGAUUCUGCGCAACAACAUAGUGAUGGCGUGUCUGCCGAUCGUGAUGGAGUAGGAGGGGGCGCUCAUGCACGUGAUGUUCACGCUGACGGCGCUUCGAACGAUGAACCUGAAGAGCCCCACGACCCGUGGGCCUCGGCAGCCUGGAGUGGAGGUCAGGAUUCCUGGCGGGGACACUCCGGAUGGGAAGAGCGGGACCAGUGGAAGUCUUGGGAAGACCACCACUGGCACCAAGGUGCGCAAGGAUGGCAGGACCGCCGCAACAGCUACGGCGGCACUUGGGGUUCUACGUCUACGGGGUCUGUCUCGGCCCAAGGACCGCCUUCUUGGGACCCAGAUCCUCAAGAGUCUGCUCGUGAGGCAUGGAGAUCUCGCGGAGGCAAUGCUAUGCCCGGUGGAUGGCAGCCUCAGAAGCUCGGACAUGAUCUGACCGGCCCUCCAAGGACUUCAGAAGUUCCCCGUGGCCCUUCCGAGAAGAUGGUCGUCCCCAGUUUCUCUGGGGCUGUGGAAAGCGGCUCCGAAGACAUCGGAGCCAGUGCUCGGUCUUACAUGCGGCAAAUCGCCGCCUGGAGGCGGAUGACUCGUAUUGAGCCGUCCCGCCAAGCCCUCACUUUGUACCAGCACCUGAGCGGCAAGGCCUGGAUCGACGCGGAGCGCUUGGACGUCGACAAGCUCGCCGGUGACGACGGCAUGGAGUACUUCCUUGGUUGGGUGACUGACAGGUACUUAGAUGUACAAGUCACCCAGGUCGGCCGCUCCCUCGGUGACUUCUUCAGGCGACUCCGUCGCCAGCAAGGACAGAGCAUCCGCGAUUACAUGAGUGACUUCGACAGAGCCUUGGCGAGGCUUCAAGAAUGCGGAUGCCAUCUCCCCGACAUUGCCAGUGCCUGGGUGUUCGUCGACCGGAUGACUCUUGACGAAAGUCAAGAGUUAAAUCUCCUGGCCUCCGUCCAGAACGAGUACAACCUGAAAAGGCUUCAGCAGGCGGCCAUCGUCCAGGACCGCAAUCUCCGUAAGCCCUGGGAAGCCAAGGGAGCCCAGCCUCAAAGACCGGACCGAGGUUUGAAGUGGUGGGGCCGCAAGCCCCAACAGGCCAACCUCGCCGAGGAUGGCUUCGACGACAUCGACGACUACGGCGACGGCUACCAGGACGCUCAAUCGGAGGGUGUCCCAGAACAUGUCGCGGAGGAGCUCUACACCUCGUACAUGGCACACGAGUCCGCCAAGCAGAGAUACAAGGAGAUCUCGAAGUUGAGAGGAAGCGACCCGGAAGGAAUGAAGCAGCUGGCGGCAGACCGCCUGAAACAGGCAAAGGCGAAAAGCUUCUGCGCCGGGUGCCGCAGAAAGGGGCAUUGGCACUUGGACCCGGAAUGCCCUCUGAACCAACCUGGGGGCGGUUCCGGCAAUGCUGGUGCGAAUCCUGGCGGCUCCUCACGCCCUACCGGACCUACUGCGGCGGCUACGAGGAAGGACGAUGAUCCCAAGGUGAAGAGCAACUACCCGUGCCAGCUCGUGUACGUGACUUGGGACCUCGAUGAGAAGGUCCCCACCUCGAAUCUGACGGCGAUCACCGACACUGCCUGCAGCCGUUCUGUUGCGGGCAUUCCGUGGGUGGAAAAGUAUAUGGCCGAGGCAAAGAGAGUUGGGUACCUCCCGCAGGUGGUGGACUGCAAGGACUCCUAUAAGUUCGGCGCCUCGCGCAUUUUCGACUCCACCUACGCCGUCGUUGUCAGCUUUACGGUUGGUGAGAGUAUCAUCCUCCUUCGUGUCGCUGUUGUGAACGGAGACCUUCCACUUCUGGUCUCACGCCCGGCCCUGGCCCAGAUGGGUAUGGUCAUGGACGUGGAGGAGAACUCCGCGUGCUUCAAAAGGCUGAAUGUGCGGGACUUGAAGCUUCUCUCGACGGAGACUGGCCACCCGGCGCUACCUGUGCGCCCUUUUUGUGUCUCUGCCGCAACCAUCAAGAGUUGCGACUGGAAGGAGCGCGAGCUGUUGAUUGUUCCGAAGACGCAGCAAUACACGGCUUACAUGGUUAGUGCCGGGGUUCAUGUUGGAGAGUGUGAGGGUGAUGUCUGUCACGUUGGUCCACCCCCGCUUCUCCCAGGCCUUUCUUUCGAGGACUCCAGAGGCCCAGAAGCUGUACCAGGCCCCAAGGUGUUCUACCCGAAGAAGAUCAGCAUUGAAGCCUACAACCUCCUCACAUCUGAUAAAGUGAACCCCUCAAGCUUUAUGGCGUGGUGGGAGAGAAGUGCGAUUUCAAACGACUUUUGGAUUGAGGACGAGUUUCAGCUUCAUCGGAUACAUGUUGUCCCUAGGAGGUCGUUCUUUGAUCCCAGUGGAUGGUCGACGUCGAAUGUUGAACAGAAGUCUGCUCUUCUCAAUGUCCUCGGCGAGAGUUUCCUGAAGUGCACGAUCAGUGGCAGAGCCUUGGAAGCAAAUCUUCAUUCCCGAUGUUGUGGGUCGGAAGAACUUCUUUUGGUAGAGCCUUCAAGCCCUCCUGUUCUUCUUGCUCGCCCCCUGAUGGCCUCACGGUCCUCGCUUCUGACGGCGCCUGCGGUGACCAAGCAGAAGGGGCUAUGGGAUCUCCGUCGGGACGAGCUACUGAUGGAAGCCGAGGCGAGAGGACUCACCAUCCACGAGAAGUGGACGGUACCGGAGAUCCGUUCGAUCAUCCAGGAGGACAUGAAGCGCGGCGCCCCCGCGACGGAGGUCGUGACUGGAGAGACGGUGCCGCUGACCAAGAUGACGAUCAAGGACCUCGAGAAUGCGCUCGAGGCCUCGGGGAUAGCGAUUCCGGAGAAGGCCAACAAAGGGAUGUUGAUGCGAAUGCUACGAGACCAAGGAGGACGAGGACCCCAGACGGUGCUCGCCUUCGGGAGGUUCAAGGGGCGGAUGUACCAGGAGACCCCGAUCUCGUACCGGCGCUGGGCUGUUCAGGAGGUGUCCGAGAACGACGGGGCCCAGGAGGACUUGAAGAUGUUCGCGGCAUGGGCGAGCCGAGCUCUGGAGGUCACGGACGGCUAUGCGAGCAGCUCGGUUCCUCCCCCUUAUGUGGACUCGGAACACUCGGCGAGGAUCCCCUACAACCCGGAGUCCUUCGGCGGCAGCUCAUGGGAUGUGGUCCCGACGAGGAGCACGGCUACUACCCGGACGUCCACGAGACCCAAGGCCAGACCGACCCGGACGGAGAACGAAGUGAUCGAGCAGCGCAUCCAGGCGCAGCGGCGCCAGGCCCCGCCAUCGUCUCUUGGAAGCCACAUGGACCAGGAGAUCGACCCCCAGGUCAUGGACGAGAUUCAGUACCUCCAGGCGCGGCUGGCGCACCACGAGAUGAUCUUCCUGGCUCCUUCGAUGCUACCAUCUCCGACACUGGCCUUUUCUAUGAAGCUGGGAGGAACCAGCCCACGGAGCCAACCAACAGUUUUGAUGCCGACGGAGCUCGGCGCAAAGGCCAUUUUGGCGGGUCUCCCGGAGACCAAUGCAGACCUAAUUCAUUUUCUGAAGUUCGAGCACCUCAUCUGCUUUGUCAAGGAGAUCCUGUCGGAAGACCUUCUGUACUACCUGAACCUCUUCAACCACGAGAUCAUCCUGAAUCCUUUCCUCGCGCUUCGGGUCCUGGUUACCAGAACACCAGCGGAACCCAUUGCAAUCCUGGCGGACUUCCUGGUGAUCCCUUGUCUUCGGCACUACCUGUACCAGGUGAUCCAGUUCCUGGUGACCAGAACACCAGUGGAACCCGUUGCAAUCCUGGCGGACUUCCUGGCGAUCUGUCUUGUGAGUCUCAACCGUCGGGGUCACCUUUGA